CUGCCUGACGGAUGCGAGCUGACGGUGGGUGAGCUGCGCGAUAUGGCUAGCCGACAGCAGCAACAGAUCGAGUCCCAGCAGCAGCUCCUGGUGGCCCGGGAGCAGCGCCUCAAGUACCUCAAGCAGCAGGAGUCUCGGGCCGCCGCCGUGGCUGCCGAGGCCGAGCGCUUGAGGAGGCUGAGGGAGAGGGUCGAGGCGCAGGAGGCCAAGCUCAGGAGGCUGCGCGCCCUCAGGGGACAGGUGGAAGCGACGCGGCACAA